AUGAGCUCUACGGCCGAUUCUGAACGUCCUGCUGCCGUUAGUGAAGAGGCAUGUGACCAAAUGUUUACCUGCGUCCUCUUGAUUUUUGACUUAUCCCAACCGUUUUUCUGGGCUACUGUUUGCUGACCAAAGGGUUAACAGCCCCUUCUUGACCAUAUCACCACAGAUCCUCCCGAAGAUUCUUAUCCGGACUCAGAGAGUCCCGCGAAGCUAAAGAAUGCCAAGAAUAUCGGCACGACAACCCCUGAGGUUGAGGGUGAGGACAACGGCCCUGUGACAGCUGUCGAGGAUUAUCCCUCCACUCCUGUCUCGACAAUGGAUUCUUCAUUUCAACCUCUACCUUUGACGGGGGAGAGUAAGGAGGAUUCAAUACCGUUAUCUCCUGCCCCCGAAGAGCCUGAAUUUGGGGCUGGUAAGGAAGCAGGAGCCGCGGGCCUCCCUUCUCCCAUUGAAGCCGAAGAGAAGCAAUUGGAUGGUGCUGAGGAGCCCAAAGUUGAGGUUUUGGAAGACUCGGAUAAAGCCGGGAACGAGGCGGAUUCAAUACUCAUGGAGGGGAGAGAAGUCGUCGAGGCUGAUGAGAAGGUCGGGGUUCCGGAAUCAUCGGAAACAGAACAGGGAUCGUCUGGGGAUAAAGCGGUUGACCCGGAAGCUGAGGAUAAGAGCUUGGAAACUCCAGUGGAAAUGGUAGAGGAGGGAUCUACCUCGGAGGCCGCAGUCCCGGAACUAGAUGCUCUUGAGGAGGGGCCUUCAGAAGCCGCCCUGAAGGCGAAUCAAGAGGGGCCGGCUGCUGUUGAUGAAACACCGACCGCAUUGGAUGCUUCUGACCUCGGUACCGAGGUGUUGAAGACUGCCGAGCCUGUUGAGGAAAAUGAUGACGAAUCCAGAGAUACUCCAGCAGCCGAAGAGGCUGAGAGUGUUGCCGAGAAGCUGUCAUCAGAGAUAGCUAACACCGAACACCAAGAUACUACUGGGCCUCAGACUAUCCAGGACUCCGAACUUACUGUUGACGAGCCUAAGGCUGGAGAGGCUGCGUACGAAAGUGGUGAAGAUGACAAGGUUCAACAGGAGCACGAGGCCGAGGAAAUAGAGCAUUCAGAGGCCACGGAACCAGCUAUGGGCCGCACGGUUCCGAACACCGAGGCUGCCCGACACACUCACGAUGCAGUUAUGGAGGUAGUGGGUGAGAAGCGCGAAGAUGAGGAAGUUGAGCCUGGGGCUGAGAAGACGGAUACUACAAUUGGCGAUCAUGAGUCCAGGCCAGAGUUAGAGGCGGAUUCGGUAGCGGAGACGGACUCUGUGCCAUGCCCCAACGAGACUUCUGUUGUUGUGGAAGGGUCUAAGAUUGCCCAGCCGAGGGCCGAGGAUUCGGAAGCUAAAGAUGCUCCUGAGCUGGUUGCACCAUCCGGAGCUGAAGGGAUCGAAGCAGAGGUAAGACUCGAUUUCUCGGUUUUGGCUGUUUUGAUUAUUUUACGAAUAAUGACCUUAGCCCAAGACAACCGAGACUACGGAAGCCGAGCCGCCAACCCCGGACGUUUCAAUUUUUUCAACUGGCGGUGAAGAUACACCCAACUCCCAGCCUGCUACGGAAUCAACUGGGGAUGCUAAGGAAGGUCCGAGAGUAGGUACUGAUCUUUGAUACAUUUGAUUUUUGUGCUAAUCUUAAACUUAGUCGGAGACUGACGAGCUCUUUGAGGUGAAACCACAGGCUCCGGGAGUCUUGCCCGUGACUGAGCCUUUAAGGGAUGGAGACGAGUUUCUUCCUGUCGAAGCCGGCACGGAGACAGGGGGCGAACACACGGAGGGACCCAAGGACGGUGUGAGGGUGGAAGCAGAAUAUGAAGUCGAAGAGGAACCUGAGGUAGGAAUUACUUCAAGGUAACACAGUCCGUAUUCUAACGAUUUUUCUAGUUUGAGGCUGCCGAAGUAUCUGAGCCUGUCGACGUAGAACCCGCAGUCCCAAAUUAUCUACCACUCACUGAAGCUCCAAAAGAGGGAGAAGUUCCCACUGUUGAUGUCGAUACUAAUCCUAGGCCUGUGCCGGCCGGGGAAGACGAAAAAGGAGUUCCCGGGCCUGGGCUGCUAGUAGAGGGUCUGGCUCGGACCGCCGAGGAAACUGUAGGUUCAGCUUUGGAGGAACCAAAAGCACAGGAAGGAGCCGGAGCGCCGCCAGAUGACGGCCCUAUCCAGGAGUUGAAGGAGCCUGUUGCCACAGAGCCGGAGGUGCUGGCGGUUCCUGGAGAGACAAAAGAGCUACAAAGCGCAUCCGAGUUUACAGAGCAAUCGGUUGAGAGGGUCGAGGAGGUGGGCCCAGAGCCAGGUAUCCCGAAAGAUAAUGAACAGGGGACACAAGGGUCGGUACAAGCUACUCCCAUAUCGGAUAUGGUAUAUAUAAAUCUCUAUUUCUAGUUGCUGUUUAGUUAAUCGUCGUCAACUAACUUUACCAAUAGACCAAACCAGAGGAAUCUGAGCUCGGGCCUACUGAUACGGAGAACCCGCCUGUAGCAGAUGUUGAAGACGCGGUACCAGUGGAAACUCACGAAGGCAGCGAUGUAUCUACUGUCCUGAAGACCGAGGACAUAUCCGCAGAUGCUGGCCCCGAGGCAUCUAUCGAGGGGAGUGGGGGAACUACCAAAACCGAGCCCGUGGCCAACGGAGAGGGUGGGGAUCUUGCACAGGAUGAACCUAUUGUUGUUAGUCACGGCGAUGCUCCCCCAGACGAAGUUGAGAGAGCAGAGGCUGCGGUUGAUUACCCCAAGCCAGAUCCUCAAGAUGAAGUAGCCGAGGCGCCAAGCGAGAUCGAAGUUGAGAAGGAUGGCAAACCACCUGUUUCGCCAGUGCAAGCGCAGAUGGAGCCUGAAGGGAUAAAGGAGGUGGCAGAGAUAGCCGCGGGAUCAUCCUCAUUGAACGAACCCCAAUCCUUUGAAAGCCCUGGCGAUAUUGCUCCUGAGCGAGCUCCCACUCCCAAAGUUGCUGAGGAAGAGAACCUGGAGGAAUCCGAGACUGAGGGGUUGGGGGCUGUGGCGCUCGGAGGGGUGAACGAUAAGGCUAAGGAACCGACAUCGUCCAAGGAACCAGAGGAGACCCCUAUUGCUCAGGAGAUUUCUCAUCCGGUAGGACCUGUUGGGGAAACACAUGAAGAAAGUGUGGGGGGCUCUUCUGUUGAUUCCGGUAUCAAAUUGGAUCAGGGUUUUCAUGAGGGCGUUGUUACUUCUGACCUCACAAUUCCGGAAAAAUCUUUGGAAACUCUGCUGCUGGCUGGAGAAGGUGUUACGCCGGCUGUGCAGCCGGGAGCCUCGAAGGAGUCUCAACCCGGGGAGCAAAUGUUUUCUGUCAGCCCCUUGCCCGAUUCAAAGACCUUCGGCAAUCCCAUCGAUCUCCAACCUGGAGAACCAAUCCCAGUAUGUUUAACUGAAGCUUCUGUGGCUGAUAAUGUUAAAAUAGAUGAGGAGAUUUUCAAGAAGUUCGACGACAAGACGGCAAAGGCUGAAGAGCCUAAUGACGGCUCCGGUGAGAAAAUACUUGCUGCGGGUGCAGGGGCUGGUCUUGUGGGAUUGGGCGCCUAUGCGGCGGUUAAGUACUCCGAUGACAAGACGAAAGCUGGUAAACAUAAUUCAGAAAACGCUUCCUCUAUUCCCGGUAAGUACUUGGAUCGCACACUUCCCAAGUUUGGUUUUUUUUUUAACAAAUUGGUGCCAGCUUCCCCUUCGGAUUCUAAGGCUGGAGAUGAUGGAUCGCCGGCUGUAGAUGUAUCAGCCAAGUCCAUCCCUUCAACAGCCCAGGAGCAGGUUCUUCCUGUUGAAGUUUCGUUCCCUUCCCCGGCCAUUGCGAAGGAAUUGAGUGAGUCCCCUGUUGUUUCAAAGACAGAGGUUGAGCCUGCCCGUCCGGUGGGAAAAUCGACGGAGGAAAUAACCAAGCCUGCUGGUGCGGAAGUGCUGGGCGAAAAUCCCUUACAGGCCUCCGCGACCGACAUCCCUAAUGAAUCUACAGUCAACCAACCGGUUGGGAAAUCAGUCUCUCAUAACGGCGAUGAAGUCACUGCUGAGCCUGCCCCUAAGAAUGCCCUAUCGCCUGUUCACGGUGUUAUGGCUUUAGAGGAACAUAUUCCGGAAGUCUUGAAGGAUACGGAGACAUCAGAGACCCCGGCGAUUGUGGUGUCAGCUCCGCCCAACCCAGCCACUGGAUCUAGUACCGCAGAAGUCAUUCAGCCUAGCUCCUCAGAGGUUGUGUUUGAUGAAGCGUCGGCGAAGAAGGCUCGGGAAUCAGGUGAGAUCUUUGCUCACCCGGUGUGGAAUGAGUCCGUUAGCCCUCUCUUACAAUAUUCAUUAGAAAACACCCCCGAAGGUGUCCGCAGACGCAGAGCCCCCGGAUCCGGAGGCGAGGUAUCCCGUCCUACUAGCAGUGGCACCGACAACGUCUCUACUAGACAUCACAGAAAUAUCAUGAAUGGAUUCUGGCAUGUGGUCCUCUUCGGGUGGCUUGGGGGGUUUGGAAGAUUUUUUGGUGGGAUUUUUUCGAAGUCAAAAUCGAGGAAACAACGCAGGUAGAGACAGGUAACAAUCGUAGGGGGUUGCUGGGCCGUCGGAAGUAGUGGCAAACGGUAAUGACUGGAUGACUGAUAGUUUUCAUUUCCUUUUUCUUUUUUACUUUUCGAAACCUUUCAUUCUACUUAUUAUCUUCCAUCCCCGGUGAACUUGUUUGGUGUACUUUACCUUGCUGUCUUUUUUUCUUUGGAGGGCGGUUUACUAAGCCAAUUCUUGUUUCCCUUUCUUACAUUUUCCUGUUUUAUUUUAUUUUUGUUUUAUCUAUUCUGUCACUCGCCUUGGUGGUGUACACCUUACACUCUAUUUUGCACUCGAGAUUGUUGGCAGCGCACAUUGUGGCAGUCAAAUCAUUAUUUCCAGGCAUAUUCGCAUUGGCGGAAGCGGGGACAUGAGUGGAGCGAAUGGGGGGGUUCAAUUCUUGUCGAUUCCUUCUUUCCCUCGGGACGAUUGAAUUAUUCUUACUGGGGGGUUUUUUUAUUCAGCUAGUACCUUCGUUGUUUUUGACGAUUUUCUCCUGACGUUAAUGAUAUCAACUUCCAUGGCCGCCUUACUCGUUUGGUGGCUAAUUGUUUAAUUG